UCAAGCCUCACUUCGACCACAUAUAACCCCUUUCUACACCAAAUUAGCAUUACCACCUUCUCUUAACUUGUCCCUCUUUCGCUCUCACACGAAAAGUGUGUGUAUAUACAUGUUUUUCUAUGAAACAAAUGCAAGUAAGGUUUAAAAAAAAGUCUGCAUUUAUGAUUUUGACCGUAAUAUCAAGAUUUCUUUUAUGUGUCUGCGACCAUAGUACAACUUUAGUAGUAAUAUCAAGGUUUUUGUUGUGAUUUUGACCUUAAUAUCACAACUUUAGUAGUAACAUCAAGGUUUUUGUGAUGAUGGAGAGUGGAUGGAAGGCGGAGGUUGAGAUAUCACCAAAUUGUCCAAGGUGUGGUUCUUCCAACACCAAGUUCUGCUACUACAAUAACUACAGCUUAACUCAACCCAGGUACUUUUGCAAAGGGUGCAGAAGGUACUGGACCAAAGGAGGCUCUCUUCGGAAUGUGCCUGUUGGUGGUGGCUGCAGGAAGAACAGAAGAGGUAACAAGACCUUGUUGAGACAAUCCAUUGAUGGUUUCACUUUCAAAACUUCAUCAUCAUCACCUUGUGGGAAUGCCACAGAUCAUAAUAAUAACCCUGUUGGGCAUUCUUAUGAUCCCAGAAUAAGGACUUCUGCAGCUUCUAGCUCCUCAUCAGGGAUGAGUGAUGGACCAAAUAUUGAUCUUGCACUAGUUUAUGCAAAUUUCCUCAACCAAAACCCCAGUUCUGAAUCUGGGAUUGAGAGCAGUAAUCCAGAUCAAGUUCGAACAGCUUUUGAUCCUUCUCUGGAAAAUAAUUCAAGGCUAUCAAACACAGAUGUUUCUGAUCCAAGUACUUUGCCUGAAGAAAUUGCUCUUACUGGGUGUUUGAAUCUUCCAGAACAACCAUCCACACAUUCUGCUGAGGCUAAUAAUGGUGGCCAAAUAUGCUAUGGUGACUUCAACUCUAUGCAGACUAUUCAAAAAGAUGGAAUUCAGCAGUGUAGUAGUCAUGGUGGUGCUGUGAAUUUUGAGCUGCCGCCAUUACCUGGUGAAGUGGAAGCCUCACAUGAUGAUCAUCAUCAUCAUAUGAUGUGGUCAAAUUCUGAGAUGAUGACAUUUCAAGCCACGCAACCACCACUUCUUGGACCUGAAGUUCAUGAUGCAGACUUGUUAAUAGGUAAUUGGAGCCCCUUUGAUUUGCCUUGAGAUGUUUAAGAAAAAUUAUUCUGUUCA